ACUUCUAAAUUUUUUAUUAGCACAAAACAAAAACUCCAAAAAAAAAAUAGAGUUUGUUUGUCUCUACAAAAUAACAAAAUGCUAUACCCCGAAUCUCAAGUUCAUGCGUAAAGGCUUUGCUGCACUUGCACAGCGAGUUUCAACCAAAAAGGUGGAAGAAAAUAAAGAGCACCAAAUCCUUUAGAGAAUCUGCAGUCAAGAGUGAAUAAAGAAAUGGCAUCGUCAUUGACUCAUGCCCAUUACAAAUUACAUACCUCCACUUUCACGAGGCUACGUCCCAGAAGUCAAGGAUUAUUGAAACCUGGAAAACCGUUCCAACUUCAACGAUUCAAUUUUCCAAGUAUUCGCGUUAAUCAAUCCUUCAUAUGCUGCACAAAGUUAAAUCCAUGGGAGCCAUCACCCGUUACAUAUGCUCCUACUGAUAAUCAAAGCGAUAAUUUUUUGCAGAGUACCGCCAAUGUAUUUGAAACCCUUGAAUCUAGUAAAACAGAUGAGUUAUCAACGGCAAAUGCUGAAGGACUUGUGGAGAAAAAUUAUCAACCAGGCCCGGAACUUCAGUUUUUCAAGUGGCCCAUGUGGCUUCUAGGCCCUUCCGUUCUCCUUGCAACCGGCAUGGCCCCGACGUUAUGGUUACCGAUAUCUUCAAUCUUUCUUGGUUCCAAUAUAGCGAGCUUACUUUCCUUGAUUGGACUCGAUUGCAUCUUUAACAUUGGUGCGACACUUUUUCUCCUCAUGGCUGAUUCUUGUGCAAGACCUAAACAUCCAACACAAGUCAUCAAGAGCAAAGCUCCCUUUAGUUACCAGUUCUGGAACAUCGUUGCUACUCUUACUGGAUUCGUCGUCCCGUUGUUAUUGAUGUUUGGAUCUCAAAAGGGAUUUCUCCAACCUCAACUACCGUUCAUCUCGUUUGCGGUUCUGCUAGGUCCUUAUCUUCUUCUUUUGUCAGUACAGAUUCUGACCGAGUUGUUAACUUGGCAUUGGCAAUCACCGGUCUGGCUCGUUACCCCUAUCAUUUACGAGGCAUACCGUGUUUUGCAGCUAAUGAGGGGAUUAAAACUUGGUGUUGAACUUACUGCACCAGCAUGGAUGAUGCAUACAAUAAGGGGACUUGUUUGCUGGUGGGUCCUAAUUCUCGGUCUGCAGCUCAUGAGGGUUGCUUGGUUUGCUGGUUUAGCUGCUCGAGCGCGUAAGGAUCAAUCUUCUUCUGAUGCUGCUAAUGGUAUUGCUGCUUAGUGAUUACUAAUUAAUAUCAGUUGUAAACAAAUUCCGAAAGAGACAGAUUAUACCAUAAGUACAUAUGGUUUAAAGUUAGUUAUUAUGGUUACUUUCUAUCUCGUCCAUAGACUAAAGUGAUAGACUGAUAGUGACACACAUUUAAUAGCUAUGUAUACAAGUAAUUAGAUGCAAGAAUUCUCUAUUAAACUA